AUGUUUAAGAUAAUAGAUACACAAUUUCUCUCCAAGUACGGCUUCAUAAAGCCAGUCAACUGGGAGGAAAUCCAAUUUGAAAAAGAAGAAGCUGUUCUCGCCAAUGACAGCCUGGCACAAAGGACAGUGUCAGUAAUUCAAGAGGGAGGAUCAGUAUCCCGGAUGGGGAUCAGAGACCAAUCAGAAGAUCCGGUUGAAAGCUUACGGUUCAUCUCCGCCCUCAAAGAGUUCCAGAGAGUUUUGGGCCUACCUGUCACAGGUGCGUUUACAUCUUCCAUGGGAAGCUCAGCUCUGUCCAAGGGGAGAAGGAAGCGGGAGGUCGAUGGACUCGGGCAUAUGGCCUUCUCCAAGAAGGUUCUGAAAUGGAGGCUGAUAGGAAAGGGUUACAAUAGCCAGCUCUCCAUCGAUGACCAGCGUUAUAUCUUCAGCUUGGCUUUCAGGAUCGAGUUCGAGCAGGACUCUCAUUCGCCCUUGGAGGAAAUUGACAACAGGCUGGGGUUUGGAACAGGCAGGCACUUGGGCUGCACUCAUAGGUUUGAUGGGGCCGGCCGCAGGUUUGCCCACGCGUGGUUCCUGGGAGAUGUUCACUCCGAUGACGAUGAGCACUUCACCGCGCCUAAAGCAGGAAGUGGGAUCAGCCUCCUUCGGGUGACUGUUCAUAGCCUUGUUCUGAGCUUGCCCCACAUCCACAGGAUGGGCUCCAUCGUGCAGCCCAACAACCUGCCUCAGGAGGCAAGCUUCAAGAUCGACUGGCUGGACAGAAAAGCCCUACAACAUCUGUAUGGGGACUGCAAGGGUCACUUCAGCAUAGUGUUCAACUGUGUCAGGAAGGAGAGGACCCCUUACGGCAAGGUGGUGAUCUGCUACAACACCUACUUCAUGAGGGAUGGCUGGUACUGGAUGUAUGAGGACCGGAGCAACCGCACUAUGGGGACCCCGUGACGGCAGGCGGGCUGGUGUGGAAUCCUGGCGGACGGUGUGGAUGCGUGGACCUGGAGCACUGACGUGUCUCCUUCUUCAAAGGUAACCAUGGUAAUACCAUGCAGCAGGGUUUUAAAGUGCCUGACUAUGCUGAGGGUCUUCUCUGGUGACUCGUAUUGGAGGUACCACAAUGAGAAAGACCGGGUGUGCACGGGGGACCUCGAGGGACACCUACCAUCUCCGAGGGACUCCCACAUCUACUUUUUCAAAGGCUUCAAGGUGUACAGCUUUGACAUGAACGCCAACGCUAAAGUACGCGGUUUCCCGAAGAAGAUUGCUGGGGUGUUCCCUCCGGCAGUGCCUGGAGAUCAUCCGGUGGGCAAUCUGGAUGCGGCCUACUUCUCUUACACACACAAUGCUGUCUGCCUGCUGAAGGGCACGCAGUUCUGGAGGGUGGUGAGCACCAAGGAUCGCUUUCGCCAGCCCUGCCUCCCCCACAACAGCCUUCAGGCCCACGGAGAGGUGGACGAACAGUGGUUCGAUAUCUGCAACGUGCACACCACUGCUCUGAAACUCGGUGGAUGA